AUGUGCACUAAACGUGAAACUGUUCCUGCGACCAAUGGUCUGUCUGGUGGUCAUUUUGAAUCCAAGUUAUCGGAUUCCAAAAUUGAUUACAAUUCUUUUUUCACACCGGUUGCCAAAGCUCGGAUUCCAAAUUAUUUGAAAAUUAUGGGAGAUAAAAUGUUGAGCAUUCAAGGCAGAGCUUACAAAUUCUCAACUGGAAGUCCCAAUCCCGAAUGUUUUCCUUACGAAGAGUUGACCGUUAAAUUAAAAACCGGCGUGACCUUUCAAAUCAAAGGACAGCAGCUGAAUCAAUCCUUAAAUUACAUGCAAAGCAGCGGAUACCAACCAUUGCUGGAUUUACUGAAAAGUUAUCAAGAUUUAUUCCACGGUGACCAAGAUUGGGAAAAGAAAGAUUUGAGUACAACUUCAGGAAGUCUAGGGGGGCUUCAUCAGCUAUUGGAGAUAUGUGUUGCACCAGGAGAUCCUGUGUUGGUUCAAUCCCCUCUAUACACAGGAGUAAUUAGUGUGUUACAUCCUCUGAAUGUAGAAUUCAUUGAAGUAGAAAGUGGUGCAGGUGGAAUCUGUACUCAACGUUUGGCAAAUACUUUACACGAACGCCGAAAAAGAAACUUACCGAUGCCUAAAGUUUUUUACCUUAAUCCAGUUGGUUCCAAUCCUACCGGAGAAAUUAUCUCAGUUGAGAAAAAAAGAGAAAUAUACAAACUAGCUUGCGAAUAUAAUCUAUUGAUUUUCGAAGACGAUGCUUAUUUCUUCCUUACUUUUAAUUCGGAGUUCCCGCGGAGUUUUUUGUCAAUGGAUACCGAAAAUCGAGUGGUUAGAUUUGACACAAUAUCAAAAACCAUUGGAGCUGGACUCAGAACAGGAUACGUUACUGCUCCGAAAGAGAUUAUUGCUAAAUUGGAUCUUGUGAAAGGAAGUUCAAAUUAUUGCACUCCAUUUGGUCAAGUCGUUGUUUACGAAACACUAAAGUCAAUGGGACUGGAUGGUUUCAUGAGUCACGUAAAUUUUAUUCAAAACUUUUAUUACGAACACUUGAAGAUAGUUAUAAAAUGUCUGGAUAAAUAUUUCAGCGAUGUCGCUACGUGGAAUAUUCCAGGAGCGGGUCUUUUUGUUUGGUUGACAAUAAAAAAUGUUGAUCACAUUUCGGACGGUUUUAUAAACAAAUGUCUCAAAGAAUUAGUAUUUGUAGUACCCGGAUUUUCAUUUUAUGGAAAAAAUCGAUUAUCACCGAAUUUAAGAUUGUGCUUUUCUUUGUUGGAAAAAGACGAAAUUGAAGAAGGGAUGGAAAUACUAGCUCGACUCGUCAAAGAAGAGAUAGUAGAACAAAUGAACAAUAAAUAUAAAACAAAAUAUGGAAUACUUCCAAAAUGA